UCAUAUUGGUAAUGCUUUGUGGGGCCGCCUAGAGAUUUAAUUACGGAUCUGUGUUUGUACAUUAUAUUAUACGAGCAGUUUUUCCUCGUUGUAACCCUCUUUUUUUAUUUCAAUGUGUGUGAUUUUCCCGUUUUACCAAGAACAAAAACCUUCCUUCAUAAAAUAAAUCCGUUCAAGAAUCUCAUCUCUUGUCCCCGGACCAGCGCGUUGAUUCUGGAGCCAGUGUUUUUGUUAGUGAGCGAUCCUCGGGACGCGCGCUCGAUCUGUCGGCAUGUUCGGAUACCCGUCUGGAGGAUUGUAAACCUCAGGAAAACAGUACUGCAUUGCGAGAGCUGAGUUAAAAAAAAAAAAAAGAUGGAACAUUUGGCUACCACUAGUAAUACCCAGGGGCCGGUCCUGUGUGAAACCUCUUAUCCUCCCUGUAAAAUGUCCCGUAUGGAGAAUCCAAGAGAUCUACCUGUACCCGGAGUCACAUCUGUGAGCCUGGCCUCCAAACAAACAACAUCAUCUCACAGGAAAGGCAGUCUGCUUCCAGUGUUCUGUAUGGUGGAGCAGAGUGAUGUCCCACCCUCAGAGAGGAAGAGGACGGAGCAUGCAGAAUUUGUGCUGUUAAAGAAAGACCUGCUGUUCAGCCAGAUUACUGAAGCUGCACUGCAAGAGCUGGGAUACACACACACCGCAGCGGCUCUGGCUACAGGUCAGGUUCAAGUUGGCCAUUGGAACCCUGUGGCUCUGUCCACUGUGACAGACACCUCUGAAGCAACAGUAGGAGACAUGCUACAAGACCUUUACCAUGUCAUCACCUUAAGAAUAAAACUACACAGUGUUUCUAAAUUAGAGGACUUACCUGCUGAGCAGUGGACUCAUUCUACUGUCAGAAAUGCACUGAAGGAGCUGCUGAAAGAGAUGAAUCAGAGCACACUGGCUAAAGAGUGUCCAUUAUCUCAGAGCAUGAUUUCAUCUGUGGUAAACGGCACUUACUACGCCAGUAUUUCUGCUGCGAGAUGUCAGGAAUUCGGCCAGUGGUACAAACACUACAAGAGGGCAAAAUCUAUGAUGGGUGACGUGAACAGGCACUGCAACCAACCCUCAUCUUCCAGCCAGCCCACUAUGUACCAGCAACCAAUCGAAGGCAGUGGGGCGGAGUCACGCGGUGUUGUUCAGAUGCAGGCUGGAAUGCCUGGUCUGGUGAUGGCUCAGCUCCUCUCACAGCAGCAUGCCAUGUCUCAAUUUCUUACUCACCCUCACACACACGGGCCUCAUCCUGCGCCGCUACAGACUCCUCCAAAAUGCAAUGUGUCCCCACCUACUGUGACCCAAUGUCCCUCACCUGUCACCGACGUGUCACCUGAAAUUUAUCAUUGGGUGCGUGAGGAGUUGAAGAGAGCAGGGGUUUCCCAAGCAGUGUUUGCACGAGUGGCCAUUAACAGGACUCAGGGCCUGCUGUCGGAGAUCUUGCGCAAGGAAGAAGACCCACGGUGCGCGUCUCAGUCUCUUUUAGUUAACCUUAGAGCCAUGCAGGCCUUCCUGCAACUGCCACAGAGCCAGAGGGACUCCAUCUAUCUGGAGGAAAGAGAGCGUAACCUCAACACCACCUACAACACCAGCUCACCUCUGCCCAUUCAGGCAAAACUUUCACCUGUUUCCAAGGAGAUUGUAGUGAAAGUGGAAUGCGAUGAUUCUGGAAUCAACUACGGCAUCUAUGAUGAAAUACAGCAGGAAAUGAGACGAGCCAAAGUGUCACAGGCAUUGUUUGCAAAAGUCUCUGCAGCCAAGAGUCAGGGUUGGCUGUGUGAGCUCCUGCGCUGGAAGGAGGAGCCUUCUCCUCAGAAUCGUACACUCUGGGAAAAUCUGUCUUUGAUACGCCAGUUUCUAAACCUCAACCAAUCAGAGCGAGAUGUUAUUUAUGACCAAGAGAGCAAUACUGGGCAGACAUUCUACUCAGAAAAACACACAAGACCACUGACUGAACAAUUGAAAGUGAUACCACAGCAUGUGGUGACGCUAAAGCAGCACAAACAACUACAUGCAAUUCCACCUCCGCACCAUCAACCCUUCCUCCAGCACCAUCUUAUCACUGGAGGUCCUAGAGACUCUCACAUGGGCCCAAAUCUAGGCAGCAGGUCUCUACCACCAGAGGCCCAUGCAAUCUUGCAGAGUUUCAUUCAGGAAGUGGGACUACAUCCAGAUCAAGAGGCCAUUCAUACACUAUCUGCUCAACUGGGUGUAGCCAAAGAGGCUGUUCUCAGCUUUUUCAAUGGUCACAACUGGCUCAGACAGGAAGAACAGGACAACAGCAGAGAAAGAGUGAUUGGGGAAAGUGAAGACGAUUACAUGGAGGCAGAGGAUGAAUGCAGGGAAGCAAUGGAAAAAGAUGAGAAGACAACCGCUAACAUGAUGACAGGGAAACAAGACAUUGAUGCGGUGGAACAGAAUGCAUCUACACAAACUCGUUUUAUCAUUACUAUUAAAGAAGAGGAGGAGCUUCCAUGUAAGGAGGAGCAUGAUGAUAGCCCCGCCUACUGCCAAUUCAUAAACUCCUAAAAAUACAUACACUACAGUUCAAAAGUUUGGGGUCAUUUUGUUUGAAUAAAAUUAAUACUUUUAUUCAGCAAGAACACAUUAAA